CUCCAGACUCUUCAUACACCACCAUGAGACCACUCACAGAGCCCGAGACGAAGACGCUCUUCGAGAAGCUGGCCGGCUACUGCGGCAAGGGCAUCCAGGACCUAAUCACCGCCGGCGGUGCAGACGACCGCCAUGUCUUCCGCAUCCAAGGCUCCCGUGUCUACUACGUGCGCGAAUCGCUCGCCAACCUUGCCACAUCGGUAGCGCGCGACAACUUGCUUUCCCUCGGCACCUGCCUGGGAAAGUUCACCAAAACGGGAAAGUUCCGUCUACACAUCACCGCACUGGCUGUGAUCGCACCGCAUGCGAGGUACAAGGUCUGGGUGAAGCCGAACGGCGAGAUGCCUUUCCUGUACGGAGGCAAUGUGCUCAAGGCGCACGUGGGCAGGUGGAGUGAGGAUUGCCCGGAGCACCAGGGUGUGAUAGUGCUGAGCAUGAGCGAUACGCCGUUGGGCUUCGGUGUCAGUGCGCGGUCAACAGCUGAGGCGAGAAAACUAGACCCCACCGGCGUUGUGACCUUCAGACAAGCAGAUAUCGGAGAAUACCUCAGAGAGGAAGACACGCUGUUCCAAACAUGAGUCACAGGUAUUCACCGCAAAGUUUCGAAAGCAAAAGCAAGCAGUACCCGCCGAACAAGUCCUGUCACGCGCCAGGUCCGUGGAGAAUACUCACUUGGGGCUUCGGAUUCACGCAAUAGAGAGCGUCCAAAAGCGCGGGGACACAUCCAUGUAUACGAACGGUUCAGACGAAGAAAUGAUACCCU